CUGAUCCUUCAGGCUUUGUUGAGGCUUGGAAGCCAUUUUGGGAUUCUGCAGUGUGUGUGGAAUAGGGAUGUAAUGUGCUGUCAACUCUGAAAUACGGGGCGGAAUUCCCUCGCUCAGGCCCAGGACAGCAUGCCGGUUUGGAGGAUGAUGGUGCCUUUUGCGGAGUGAACGAUGCCGCACUUUGGGGGAGAUCCAGGUUUGGAGUAUGAUUUGAAACGGUGACUAUGGAUUUUUCACGUCUUCACACGUACACCCCUCCCCAGUGUGUCCCAGAGAACACUGGCUAUACUUAUGCACUCAGCUCAAGUUACUCCACAGCUGCUCUGGAUUUUGAGAAAGAGCACAAUCUGGACCCCGUGUUUGACUCUCCGAGAAUGUCCAGGCGCAGCUUGCGCUCGUCCGCCGCCGCAUACAGCACGACCAAGGAUGCUUCCAGUGAAAAGGUCUAUGCCGCCGGAAGCAGCAUCUCCUAUUCUGGGAAGAAAACUUUGGUAGACCAAUCAUCGAAGAUUACAAAACAACAUAAAAGUGUGGCCAAACAAUCCGUCUCUGUCAAAUACAACACAAGGAAAAACGCGCCCAGCUCUUCCGUUUUCAGCCACAGUAGUUUCAGUAGUCACGCAAGUGAUGGGUCUUUCAUGUCAACCAUAUUGGACGAGUCCUCAAUACAGGAGCAGACUGCCGUUGACCAUUUUUGGGGGCUUGAUGAUGAUGGUGAUCUCAAAGGUGGAGAUGCGACGGUGAUCCAGGCCAACGGAGACAUCACGGCGACAGAGAACCAGAGUGUGCUGAGCAAUGGCUAUACCUGCAACGACUGCAGCAUGCUUUCAGAGCGGAAGGAAGUCCUCACGGCAUACUCGGCACCUCGCUUGCCAUCCUCAAGAAUUUAUUCCAGGGAUCGAAGCCAAAAACACAAGUCCAGGGGCCUCUAUUUCUACACAAAUAAGAUUCGGCAAGUGGCCGCGCACAUCACCACAUCUUUCACAUCACUCAUAGUGCAGCUCUUUCAAAUGGUCUUGCUGAAGCUGGGCUAUGAUUGUAAAGCUCACUCCAAUUACUGUGGGAGCAUGAAUGUAAAAGAAUUUCUCAGGGAAGAUGGCCACCUGGGGAUGAAUGGUGAAUCCUUAUGUGAUGACUGUAAGGGGAAGAAACACCUUGAAACACACACAACAGCCCACAUGCAAUCCUCAAGGUCUAAAAGAGUAGCAAGGACCAUUUGGCACAUCUUUUCUUAUGCAGGUUUCUUCUUGCUUCAUGUGUUGCAAAGAAUGGGGACAGCAGGAUGGUUUGUGUCCAGGAAGGUUGUUUCACUCCUUUGGCUGGCUGUUGUGUCUCCAGGGAAGGCAGCGGCAGGAGUGUUCUGGUGGCUGGGGACUGGGUGGUAUCAACUCGUGACCCUGAUCUCUUUGCUGAAUGUGUUUCUUCUUACAAGAUGCCUUCCAAAGAUUUUCAGGUUAUUGUUGUUUCUUCUCCCAUUAUUGCUGCUGCUAGGUUUGUGGCACUGGGGCACUGAAGGGUUCCUCUCCGUAUUCCCAGCCUUGAAUUGGACGAGCUUCCACAGAACGUACAGGUGGGAAGACGCUGCAACAGUUGUUGAACCUCAUCCAGGCUCACCGUAUGCCGUUCAGCACUCAGAAGAAACCAUGAAGUUCUUUGAUGCAAGUCGCGUGCGUGAGCUGGAAAAGCAAUUGGCCUUAAUGUCUGAGAGGUGGCACCACCGGGAGGAAGAAUACAGUAAAAUGCUGCUUCUGCUGCAGAACAUGCAGGACCAAGUGGCCCAGAUGAACGACAAGAGCGAAACCUUGAUAUUGAUUAAAAACAUUGUGGGCCAGCACCUGAAAGAGAUGCAACCCGAUCAGACAGCGAAGGAUGCCUUGGCCUUGCAUCAAGAACACGAAUGGCGCAUCGGGGCUUUGGAAGAUCUCCUUGCAAAACUCUCCGAAAAAUCUGAGGGUAUCCAAAAGGAACUGGAGCUAACCAAAACGAAAACAGCAAGUGACAUGGAUGAACAAAACCAGCAUUUCUCAUCCAAGAUUAAACAUCUCGAGCUGGAGUUGUCCCACGUGAAAUCCGAGCUGCUAAACUCACAGGGUUUGAAAACAAGCUGUGCCUCAGUGGAUAUGCUUCAGGAAAAGGUAGAUGCUCAGGUUACGGAAUCGGUCAAAUUCAUUCUUUUUGGUCACCAAAAAGGAGAUUUGCCAGAAUCGCUGCUUCAGUGGCUGACAUCCAAAUUUGUGAGCAAGAGCGACUUGCGUGUUUUGUUGCAAGAUUUGGAGUCGCGGAUCCUCAGGAACAUCACUCUGCACAUGUCUGUCACAAACACCAAGUCGGCAUCAGAGGUGGUCACGAGUGUCGUGAACGAAGCCGGGAUUGCAGGCAUCACAGAAGCGCAAGCACGCCUGAUUGUCAACAACGCGCUGAAGCUGUUCUCCCAAGACAAGACCGGCAUGGUGGACUUCGCUUUGGAAUCCGGGGGCGGCAGCGUUUUGAGCACCCGCUGUUCAGAGACCUACGAAACCAAAACAGCGCUGAUCAGCCUCUUUGGGAUCCCUCUGUGGUACUUCUCUCAGUCUCCUCGAGUCGUCAUCCAGCCGGACAUGUAUCCCGGGAACUGCUGGGCCUUCAAAGGAUCCCAGGGAUACCUGGUUGUGCGCCUCUCUAUGGUGAUCCACCCGACCGCUUUCACCCUGGAACAUAUACCAAAAACACUUUCACCAACGGGCAAUAUUACGAGCGCUCCGAAGGAUUUUUCAGUAUACGGUCUUGAAGAUGAGUACCAAGAAGAAGGUGUGCUUCUGGGGCAGUAUACAUAUGAUCAAGAUGGAGAGCCAUUGCAAAUGUUCCAAGUCACGGAGGCUACAGAAAAAGCAUUCCAAAUAGUGGAGCUGAGGAUAUUUUCCAACUGGGGCCAUUCAGAGUACACGUGCCUGUAUCGGUUCAGAGUGCACGGGAGACCGGCCGAAUGAACACUGCGACGCUUCCCGACGACCUUGCUGUACAUAUUUGUUUCUGUUUAUAUGUAUAUAAAGGGAAGGCCUGGGACGCUGGAAUCCUUAGAAGGCGAGGGUCUGCCGUGUGCUGCGGAUCCCGUCCUCCUCCUCGGUAAAGUAGAAGACUGCCAGCAAAAACUACAUACCAAACCCAAUGGUUAUUUUGGCUUGGAUGCUCAGCUUGUGACUGCCAGACAGGGAAGAACGUGCAUGCGUCCACAGCUCAUUCGCAAAAAGCCCAGUGAGCAAACUUGAUAAAUCAUAUCUAUUUUAUUACUUCAGGAUAUAAAGCUUUUAACACUUCUUUUGGGGAGCAGCUAGAAAUCUGUUAUUUGGGUGUUUUUUUAUAUAUAAGGAGGCUCACCUUUUCACUUGUCUUAUAAUGAAACGGAGACAAUCUCAUUAUAGGCAUGUGGUUAUGCAGUUAUUUCUCGAGUUAUUUUGGUGAGGUUCCCUUGGAUUUUCCAGCACACGUGCUUUUUUUGAAGUAACAGAAACUGUUUUGCACCAGUGGUGUGAUGCAUUUUCCCUGUAGAUCAGGCCUGGGCAAACUUGGGCCCUCCCUCCGGGUGUUUUGGACUUCAGCUCCCACCAUUCCUAACAGCCCCAGGCCCCUUCCUUUGCCCCCUUAUUGUUUCUUCUUUUGCACCAAAUAGCCUGUUGUUGAAUUAGCAAACCUCUUGCCACCGCUUUUCCUGCAUCCCAAACUGUCUUUUCCGCUAUGCCCUCCUUACUAUUCUCUUUAAAUGUAACCUAAUCUUUUCUUUAAUGUUUUUGGUCUUUUAAUAUAUAACCGUUUGGUCUCCAAGGCUUUCUUUCUCAAAGUCCCCCUUGUAAAUUGUAACGGCGUCGGAUUAUGGUCUGCAAACACUCUGGGAAGGAAUUCCACCUUCUCCGUUUUGAUUCUGGGGAAAAUAGUAUGAAUUUUUUACCUCCCUUCUAUCUGGCUUUGUAUACUCCAUAGGGGGAAAAGGAAAAGCCCUGAGGCUGUUAGGAAUGGUGGGAGCUGAAGUAAAAAAGAAAACACCUGGAGGGAAGACCAACAUUUGACCAGUCCUGAUCCUUUAGAUCUUACAUACGUUUAUACUUUAGGAGGUGAAAGUUACAUUCGUAGAAGGAGAGGAGGCUUGAGUGAGAAGUGAAAGCGAAGUGUUUGCAGGAAUAGAUCCUGUAGGAUGGGAUGGAAGAGGGAGGUAGAUAGAAAUGGAGCCAGGCUUAGGAGAGGGAGCCAGAAAUGCCAGCACUUGGGAUAAGAUAUUUUAUUUAUUUACAUCAUUUUUACGCUGCCUUUCUCCCCGAGGGGACUCAAGGCUGUUGAUAAUAUGCAACCCCACCAGGAAACAUCUGCCUGAAGCUUAUUCGCAUAUAUUGCGUUUACUUUGUGCAAGCCCUGAUGCAGACCCUGCCAUUGCUGCUGCUCUUAUGGACCUCUGACCAUGUGCAAAACUCAGGGGCGUGAGUGUCAUAUCAGUUCUCCAAAAAAUGCCAUCCGUUGUGCGUUCAAAAGACACACAUUUACAAACCUGGGAUACGAAUGUCAGGGUCGCGGCUGGAAUUUUCCUAAAUCUUUUUGCAAAAUGUGGGAUUCCUUGGACACUAACUCCGGUCCCAUCCCUGCAUCGCCUCCUUCGAAGACUAAAUUCCUUUGAAAGUUGAUACCUGAGCGUUUCCACCUUCUGUCCUGCUUUGGGGAAGGAAGCGUCGACUUUAGAUAUUGUUUGUUUGCGUUUUGGGAAAUAAUAUAAGGUGGUGCUGACUGUUUUCUUUUAUUUUUUGGAACAGAGUUGAUAUAUGUUGCACAAGAGUCCUCAAAUAUUUAUAAUAGAGUUUUAUUUCUAGGAGGUCGUUUCUCCGCCUGCGUUCAGGUAGAAACAGAACUAAUGGCCUUUUGAUAAGAGCUUGCUAAAAACAAAAAAAACCUGUACAGGUGUUUCAUAAACUAAAGAUUAAAUAUAUAUAAAUCAGAAAGGUCCUGUAUAGAUACUCAAACUAAAGGGGAGCUAAAGGGCGGGGGAUUUUUUUUCUUUUUGCAGAACACUAACUUAUUUUUAAAGAAGCGAGAUAGGACUUUGUGCAAUGUAUUUUUGUAAAUGCUUUUUCAGGAUCUUUGUCUCCGGUGUCCUUUCGCUGCCUCCAAACUGAUAAUAAGAAGCUAUUAAAAAAGGUUUAAGAGUUUUAAUUUUUUUCAAAAAGUGCAUGUAAUAUUUGGAACUAAGUAAUAAAAGUUUCUUUUUUUGGUA